CCCCGGUUAGUCGCGCGCGAAGCGGGAAAGCAUUGGGAGGGGGUGAGCUGUUCUCUAACCGGAAGAAAGUGUGUGAGUAAGAAAAAGCGCCGAAAAUCAACCCCCCAAAAAAAGCCCUCCUGAAACAAUCCUGAACCAUCCGCAGGAAUCAUGGCCGAUACCAAGGACACACAAGAGGAGCAUGAGACCACCACGGAUAACGUAGAAGACUCAAACCACGACCCACACUUCGAGCCCAUCGUGUCGCUGCCAGAGCGCGAGGUCAAAACUCUGGAGGAGGACGAGGAGGAGCUCUUCAAAAUGAGAGCGAAGCUGUACCGCUUUGCGAGCGAGAACGACCCGCCGGAGUGGAAGGAGCGCGGUACAGGAGACGUGAAGCUGCUGCGCCACAAAGAGAAAGGCUCCAUCCGCCUGCUGAUGAGGAGAGACCGCACGCUCAAAAUCUGCGCCAACCACAACAUCAUGCCGCUGAUGGAGCUGAAGCCGAACGCAGGCAGUGACAGGGCCUGGGUGUGGAACACACACGCUGACUUUGCAGAUGAAGAACCAAAACCAGAGCUGCUGGCCAUCCGCUUUCUCAACGCAGAGAAUGCACAGAAGUUCAAGGUGAAGUUUGACGAAUGCAAAGAGGAAGUCCGGAAAUCACUCGAAGAAGGCGAAAACAAAGCCAUCAGCGUGGCGGAGAAACUGGAGGAGCUGUCAAUCAAGGACAAGAAGACGACGAAGGUGGAGGAGAAGAAAGAGGAAGAGAAGGAGAAGACGGAGGAGGAAAAGAAGGAGGUUGAGGAGAAAUGAGUGUCGUUUUUCUUCUUCUCCGCCUCCCCCCUCCUCCUCCUCCUCGCAGCACUUCUCUUUUCUACAACAGACUCUGAACACGACAUUCGGACACUUAGUCUCUUUAUUUUGGGUUCAAAGCUCUUGUUUUUGUUUAUAAUUUUUUUAUUUGUCCAUCGGAGACCUCGACGUCAUUCUUAAUCCAUUCCUCUCUCUCUCUCUCUCUCUCUCUCUCACACACACCUACACACUCUCUCUCGCACUCGUCUGCUUGUGUACGGAUCACCUGAUCGCCCUGACAGAGGGGGCGGGGCCCGGCUCCGUCCCAUGUCAGCUCGUGUUUAUUUGGUUUUUCUUUUCCUUUCUGUACUCGACGCAGAGCGAGCAGGAAGUGAGUUCGGUCGACGGAAUGCUGGGGUUCUGAGGGAGAACCCAGGAGGCGAGGGUUCCUGCCUGAGCAGAGGACCUGGAGAGAUCAGUGAAGUACCCCGAGGCCUGGCGCUGCUCUGUGUGAUUAUAAACAAAUGGAGGAAAUAAAGAAAACUUCACUCGA